AUGAAAAGUUCCGCCGCCAAACCGUUUCUGUACCCUACCCUUCCUCUCCGCCGAACGGCGGACCUGAACGCGGCGGCGGCCAGCGACUACGCCGCCAGGCUCCACCUCUGUGGCUUACGUGGCCCUUCCACCUACGCCCUCUCCGCUGGAAUCCACGCCCACAUGAUAGCCUCUGGGUUUUCGCCGCGUGGUCACAUCCUCAACCGCCUAAUCGAUUUUUAUUGCAAAUCCUACAACAUUAGCUACGCAAAGAAGCUGUUCGAUGAAAUUCCCCACCCAGAUGUUGUCUCGAGAACCACCCUGAUUGCUGCCUACUCCACCUCUGGAAACCCUAAGUCGGCCCGGGAAAUAUUUGACUGUAUCCCGUUAAGAAUCCGAGACACAGUUUGCUACAAUGCCAUGAUCACUUGCUAUUCCCAUAACAAAGACGGCCUGGCGGCCAUUCAGCUCUUUAACAAGAUGAGGCAAGAAGGUUUCAAACCUGAUAAUUUCACCUACACGAGCCUGCUUGCAGCUUUGGCGCUGGUAGCCGAGAAAGAGCACCAUUGCCAGCAGCUGCACUGUGUGGUGAUCAAGUCCGGUACCAGCUCAGUUACCUCGGUUGUGAAUGCUUUGAUGUCUGUUUACGUCAAGUGCAUGCUAUCGCCACUCGUGUCAUCUUCCUUGCUGAUGGCAUCAGCGAGGAAGCUGUUCGACGAGAUGCCCGCGAGGGAUGAAUUAUCCUGGACAACAAUAAUCACAGGCUAUGUGAAGAACGAGGAUGUUGGUUUGGCCCAGGAAGUUUUUGACAGGCUAGAUCAGAAGCUAGUGGUGGUGUGGAACGCUAUGAUUUCCGGGUACGUGCACAAGAAAAUGGUGUCUCAAGUGUUUGAGAUGUUUAGAAAGAUGCAUUCGUUGGGUAUCAGGCAUGAUGAUUUCACCUACUCGAAUGUUUUGAGUGCCUGCGUGGAUGCCGGGUUGUUUCUUCAUGGCAAGCAGAUUCAUGCACGCAUCCUACGCACAGAGCCAAAGCCCACGUGCGACUUUUUGGUGUCCGUAAAUAAUUCUCUCAUCACUUUAUACUGGAAAAUGGGAAGCCUUGACCUGGCCAAAAUAAUUUUUGACUCCAUUUGCAACAAGGACCUCGUGUCAUGGAACACGAUCUUAUCAGCCCACGUGAGUGUUGGCAAAAUUUACGAGGCGAAAUUCUUUUUCGACAAAAUGCCUGAGAAAAAUAUGCUGUCCUGGACUGUGAUGAUAUCGGGAUUUGCGCAGCAUGGUCUAGGCGAAGAAGCUCUGAAGCUUUUCAAUCAGAUGAGGUUGCACGGGCUGGAGCCGUGUGAUUAUGCAUUCGCGGGGGCCAUAACCUCCUGUGGGGUGCUUGCUUCCUUGGAGCAAGGCCGGCAGCUCCAUGGACAGCUCAUCCGGCUUGGAUUUGAGUCGAGCCUUUCAGCCGGAAAUGCUUUGAUAACGAUGUACGCCAGAUGUGGGACUCUGGAGGCUGCGCAGGGCAUGUUCCUCACUAUGCCCUGUUUGGACUCAGUCUCUUGGAAUGCGAUGAUGUCGGCCUUGGGACAGCACGGGCAGGGUGCCCAGGCGCUGGAGCUUUUCGAAGAGAUGGUGGAGGAGCAAAUACUGCCCGACCGGGUCACGUUCCUGACCGUCCUCUCGGCAUGCAGCCACGCGGGCCUAGUCGAGCAAGGGCGGAAGCACUUCGAGUCCAUGAGUAGAACAUACAAAAUAACGCCCGGCGAAGACCACUACGCGCGGCUGAUAGAUCUGCUGUGCAGGGCGGGCAAAUUGAGCGAGGCCCGAGAUGUGAUACAGAAAAUGCCUUUUGAGCCGGGCCCUCCCAUAUGGGAAGCCCUGCUCUCUGGGUGCAGGCUCCACGGGGACAUGGAUCUCGGGGCGGAAGCCGCCGAGAGGCUGUUUGAGAUGGUCCCGAAGCACGAUGGGAGCUACAUACUCCUGGCGAACAUGUUCUCGACGGCUGGUAGGUGGGAUGACGUGGCUAAGGUGCGGAAGAUGAUGCGGGACCGCGGGGUGAAGAAGGAGCCUGGCUGCAGCUGGCUCGAGGUCGAGAGCAAGGUGCACGUGUUCCUGGUGGACGACACAAUGCACCCAGAGGUGAAAACAGUGUACACGUAUCUCAAGGAUUUGAUGCUGAGGAUAAGGAAAUUGGGGUACGUUCCGGAUACCAAGUUUGUUUUGCAUGAUAUGGAAUCGGAGCAAAAGGAGCAAGCCUUGUCGACCCACAGUGAGAAGCUUGCAGUUGUUUAUGGGCUUCUCAAACUCCCGCGAGGGGUGCCCAUUAGAAUCUUCAAGAACCUGCGUAUAUGUGGGGAUUGUCAUAAUGCAGUUACUUUCAUGUCGAGGGCGGAGGAUAGGGAGAUUAUCGUGAGGGACGGGAAGAGGUUUCAUCAUUUUAGAGACGGCCAGUGCUCGUGUGGUAACUACUGGUGA